AUGACACCAGUUCAUCUCGCUGUUGUUAGAGGACAUGAAAAGUGCCUUCAAGCUUUCUUCAAGCUAUCGUAUUUCUAUGAACUCGAUUUCAAAGAAGACGCCUGGAAACGGAGCCCAGUUCACCUUGCUAUUGCUCAAGGCAAAUAUUCGUGCUGCACCGCACUGCUCGAAAAUGGAGAGCUUGAGUUCAAGCCCAGCACCCUUGAUACUCUUGGCAAAUCGGCCUUGUCCUACCUUGACGAAAAGAACGAUGAGCAAAGAAAUCUCGGACACUUGCUACUCAACAAGUAUUCGAAGAAAUUUCAAGACAAGGAUAAUGAAGGGCAAACUGUUUGGCACUAUGCCGUGAGGUUUCUAAGCGAUGACUAUAUCGGUCUACUCAGAGACAAGUUACUGGCCACUUUGGAAGAGAAGCAUGAACGUAGCAUCGACUCGGUUAAUCGAGCUCAGGAAUCCCCACUCCAUCUAGCGGUCCACCGCAAGAAUGAUGAGCUAGUCGGAAGACUUCUUUCCAUGGGUGCGCAUCUGUCCACCAAUAAAGACAAGUCUCAAUCUCCCCUGACGCUUGCUUGCUCUCUUGGUCGCCUUAAGAUGGUCAAUACAAUGUUAGAGUCGAAAAGUCGCGCCGCAGAAGAUCAAGAUGGGAAGGGCAAACUUGCAUUGCAUUAUGUGGCUGAGUCCAGAGAAUGUGAUGACGAAGUCCGUCCCGAGAUCAUGAACAGGCUUGUUGAAGCCAUGAGAAAUGCCGACAUGAAAAGCAUCGAUGUUAAAGAUAAUCAUGGGCGCACACCGUUGCACAUCGCAACGGAGAAUGCCAAUAUUUCAGCAGUCUCUACACUCAUCAGCUCAGGUGCAGACCCAAACACUAAAGACAAGGAUGGUGCAAAUGCAUUGCACUAUGCGUUGGCAUCUUGGCGUGGUGGUCAAAGAUCUGCCGAAGGAAUGCAGAAAAUCACCCAAAGCCUUCUCACCAAGGCGCCUGCCUGCAUGGAUGCAACGGAUAACAUGGGAUCUACACCAUUGACCUUAGCCUGCAGGAUGGGUAAGCCGCUUGGUUUUAUUCACCAAGUAGUGGAACUAUCCAAGCAGAAAGGUUCCAAGAUCAAUCUCAACCAACCAGAUGGUCUGUUUGGUCAAUCUCCACUUACUUGGGCGUGUGAGAUGGAGGAGAAAGCUAUUGUCAUGACAUUGCUAGAAUCGGCAGCAGUGGAUCUCAGCCAGAGAUCAACUGGCUGUAUGGGAUAUACGCCACUGCAUUUUGCCUUGAAGAAGAAGAAUCAGCAAAUUGUUCAGACGCUGUUCUGA